AUGACUCUCGAAAAGGACAUCCCCAUCACGGUCGACGGUGCCUCAUCACUCUACACAGACAUGGACGAUCUCUCCUACGUCAAGUCCGCAGAGUCCUCUGAAAAUAACUUCGAAAACCUGUCCGGAAGGAUCUUGACGUUCAAUCAUGCCGACUUCCCAUGGCGAAACAUAUCGAUCCAGGAGAACGACACACCCGUUUAUGUCGCCGACAUAUCCGCCUUCACACCGAACAAACCAGACAUCAUACUCCACAGCCGCACUGAGAACGGUCCCGUUGUUGGGCAGGCGCAUUUCCGCUGGUCGCUGUCAAUCAAAGCCGGCGUCGGUCCCAAUGAUGUCUCGAUGUACUGGACGAACAUGAAACGCGGCGGAGUCCUCCAUCGAAAUUACACAUUCGAAUAUCGAGGCAGGAUCUACUCGCUUCGACGAACGCAUUCGACUCACAACGGAGUCGCUCCGCAUCAAAGAGCAAUGUUCUCGCACAUGAAGGUCGUCGAUGAGGCGAGCAAGGAAGUCAUUGCAGUGUACGUGAGUACCUUGACGGUGAAGAAGAGACGGGGAACGAUCACGUUUGCCCAAGGUGUUAGCCCGGAGCUUGAGGUUCUAUGCAUCAUGGGUUUCGCGGCGUGGAGGGAGAAGAUUGCGAGGGCUGGAGGACGGAGUAGUGGUGGUGCGGGCGGGUGGUCUUAG